GGGAGAGAAAAAGGAAGCUGUCCGAUAAGUUUUUGUGUAUAUUUCUUCAAAGUUACACAAACUUUCUCAAGCCAAAGGUGUGAUUGGAGGCCUUGUUGAGAUCAGCGUGCUGAAGAGAAAGAUCUGAAGAGGAGGACGGACACCAGUUUGUCUGCAGUUGUGCACAACUGAUGACAACAUCAAAUAUUAACACUUUCUAAGGCCUUGGGCCUCGAGUGAGUACAGAGAGACCCUGGACAGAGAAAAAGGGACAAUGUCCUCUGACUUGGACUCCAGUCUCACCAGUAUUGACUGGCUGCCUCAGCUGGGAAUCAGUAGCCUGCGCUCGGGGAAAGAGAGAGGAGGAGGGGAGAGGGACAAGAAGAAAGACAGAGGGAGGGAGAGAGGAGACUUCUUACCAUCUAUCCAGGACCCUUCUGCUUCUAACUCUAAAGGGAAACCCCCUCACAGCUACGCCACUCUCAUCGCCAUGGCGAUAGCAGCUGCACCUGAGAGGAAGUUGAGUUUGAAUGACAUCUACACCUGGAUCAGUGACACUUUCCCUUACUACAGCCGAGCAGGCCGUGGAUGGAAGAACUCCAUUCGACACAAUCUGUCUCUAAAUAAAUGCUUCAGGAAAGUUCCUCGGCCCCGGAACGACCCUGGCAAGGGUUCCUAUUGGACGAUGGAUGGACCUGCAGAGGCAAAUCAACUGAGGGCACCUAAACGUCCCUAUCCAAAGGAAGAAGAGGAGAGGCAGGAUUUACAGGUUCCCGAAACACCAGGGACACAGGCGGACAGAGGACCCUCCCCUCAUCAACCACAACCGACCUCCCACACAGACCAUCAGCUUCUUAACACCGACUCACUGGGAGCCAUCAAGCGACAAUCACCCCAGUCUGCCUCCCUCUCUCCUCCUCCGUGCAUGCAACCGUCACCCUACAUGCCGAGCCCUGUCUCCAGUCUCUCCGUCCCUCAUCCAUCCGUCUCUCCUUCAGCUGGGCUCCCACCUGCUGCCCCCGUGUCCUCCAUUAAUUCUCUUUCACCUCCCCAUCCACCUGGCCCCACUCUUUCCAUCCCCACAGCUUCUGCUGCCAAUAUGUCUACAGCUUCUCCCGCUGCUCCCUCUUUCUCUGCCACUCUGUCCUUUCCCGCUAAUUCAGGACCUGUAUCUGUUUCCACUUUCUCCUGCGCUCCCAACACGACGCCUGUUUGCACGGUGUCGGGCCCCGCUCACUCUUCUGCAUCUGUUGUCGCCCUUCCUGUUGUUUCUUUAAACUCCUCUACUGAUCCUCCGCUGCGUUUCACCUUUGAUGAGAUGAAUUUACCAGACUUGUAUGCAUCUUUCAAGUCGCUCUUCAAGACUAUGCGAGAGAGGGGAGGCUCACAGUCGGAUGUUGCUCCCCUGAUUCUCCCAAACAAUGACACUACCCCACUGCACACUCCAACUCUGCUACCAAUGUCUCCGUACCCUGCACCACCUGUACCAGCCGCUCCAGCUGCACCAACUGCUCCAGCUGCACACCCUCCUUCACAAUACACGGUGCCACCCGACUGGUUCAGUAACCCAGAUUCUCUGAAGGAGAGCUUCCGCAUUGCCAGCAAUCUAGACUGGGCAAACAUAGACCUCUCUGGUCACCCAGACCUGCUGGAAAGCAUGCGGCAGGCGGAGCUCUGUGACUGGGCCCUGGACCCGGCGCUCUUCACCUCUCUCUGUGACUCUCUGAACCGCUUCUUCACUCAGAAAGGCAUGAUCACCUCUGGGAAUAAUUCCCCACUAGCCCUUGGUGCACCUCACUCCUUACAAGCCCCACCUUUCACCUCCAAUCCGCCUCCAACCCUCGCCAGCCUUACUCACCCAUCCCCCCUCCCCUACUGUCCCCUAGUUCCCCCUGCCAACGGACCACAGCCGCCCCGGAGGGCUCUUCCCAUGCAGGGACCAGGCUUUCAAAGACCACAGCUAACGCAGCCUGCAAACACACCCGCUGGGAUGCAGCCUCAGUCUAUGACACCACGACAGCGUCCUCCAUUAAAGAAUCUGCACAGCAACAGCGAGGAGAUCCAGGAUGACUUUGACUGGGAUUCUCUGCUCGUUUGACCCUCACUGCCUGCGAGGAGAAACAAUUCAAACAGAACUUUUCAGAGAUAUGGGACUCUUUACAGCCAUGUAAACUAAAUGGCUCACUGGUAACAGAACAUCUUGAAGAUUCUCUGGAAACAAGUUUGGGAUCAAGUUGUGUCACAUCAGACUGAAUGCUGUAUUUCAAGGUUACAAUAGUUGUACGUUUUUUCACCUGUAUUCAAAUUCAUAUGCUGUAAUAACUUCUGUUUUAUGUAUCUUGUGCAGGUAGUUUGAAGGGUGUUGUUUUCUAAUGGACUGUAGUUUUAUAAACAUGUUCAACAAAGAAAAUAAAGUAUAAAUUUAUUCUUGUCACAUUAUUGUACUCUGCAGCAGUAAAAAAAA